CGCACAGAGGCAUUCUGGGAAAACAUGUCCGCUUCUGGUGCGCGUGCGAGACUAAUCUACUACUGAGGGGAGCGCGCGCGCGCGCACACAGCACACACGCAGAGAGAGAGAGAGAGAGAGAGAGUGUGUGUGUGUGUGUGUGUGUGUGAUGGAGGAGUGCAGCAGUGAGGAGAGUUUAAACUCCAGGGAGCUCAGCGCUCAAAGUCUCAGCAGCAGCACGUCCCGGUCCGAGCUCUGUUCCCCCGCCAGAACCCCCAGUGCACCCGGGUCUGAUCCGGACUGCUCCACUCCGCUCAGCCAGGUGAGAGGGAAGAUACCUGCCAAGGAUGAGCUGGAGUUGUUAGAGAAGGAAGUUGUACAGAUUGAAUCUAAAGAUGUGACCUACAUCUGUCCAUUUGUGGGAGCAGUACACGGCACACUCACCGUCACCAACUACAGACUGUUUUUCAGAUCCGUCAGCCGGGAGCCUGUGUUUGUGUUGGAUCUCCCGCUCGGUGUGAUCAGCAGAGUUGAGAAGAUUGGAGGAGCCUCUAGCAGGGGGGAUGUUUCUUAUGGACUCGUCUGCAAGGACAUAAGGAACUUGCGGUUUGUCCAUAAACAGCCUGACGACUCCUUAAAAAAAUCAGUGUUUGAUGUGCUGAACAAGCUUGCCUUCCCUCUCUCUAACAACCUGUCUCUGUUUGCGUUUGACUAUAAUCAGGUUUUCCCAGAGAACGGCUGGAAAGUGUAUGACGCUCUGGUGGAGUACAAGAGACAGGGUCUGCCCAAUGAGAGCUGGAGGAUCUCGAAGGUGAAUGAUCGGUAUGAGUUGUGUGACUCCUAUCCCUCUACCCUGGUCGUCCCGGUAACCGUCACUGACGAUGAACUGCGCCGUGUCGCUACCUUCAGAGCCAGAGGUCGUAUUCCGGUAUUAUCGUGGCUACACCCCCAGAGUCAGGCGGCGGUGGUGCGGUCGGGCCAGCCCAUGUCGGGGGUGAGCGGGAAGCGCUGUCGAGACGAUGAGAAGCUGCUGCAGGCCGUCAUGGACGCUAACGCACAGUCUCACAAACUGUUCAUCUUUGACGCCCGUCCCAGCAGCAACGCCGCCGCUAACAAGAUGAAGGGAGGUGGCUGUGAGAGUGAGGAUGCGUAUCAGAACGCUGAACUCGUCUUCCUCGACAUACACAACAUUCACGUCAUGCGCGAGUCGCUACGGAAACUGAAGGAGGUGGUCUACCCCAACAUCGAGGAAUCUCAUUGGCUGUCCAACCUUGAGGCCACUCACUGGCUGGAGCACAUUAAGGCGAUCCUGGCGGGUGCAGUGCGGAUCGUGGAGAAGGUGGAGUGCAGUAAGACGUCGGUGGUGAUCCACUGCAGUGACGGUUGGGACAGAACCGCUCAGCUCUCCUCUCUCUGCAUGCUGAUGCUCGACUCGCACUACAGAACCGUCCGGGGCUUCCAGACCCUCGUGGAGAAGGAGUGGGUCAGCUUCGGACACCGCUUCCAGCAGAGGGUGGGUCAUGGUGAUCAGAACCACACUGAUGCGGACCGCUCCCCCAUCUUCCUGCAGUUCAUUGACUGUGUGUGGCAGAUAACGCAGCAGUUCCCUGCAGUGUUUGAGUUUAAUGAGAACUUCCUGUUGACGUUGCUGGAUCACAUGUACAGCUGUCUGUUUGGAACCUUCCUCUUUAAUUCAGAGCAGCAGAGACUCGCAGAGGAGGCCCAGAAGCGCACCGUGUCCCUCUGGUCAUUCAUUAACUGUCAGUUGGAGGAGUUUGUGAAUCCUCUGUAUGUUCACUACGACACACACGUGCUGCUUCCCUCCGUCUCCAUCCGACACCUGCAGCUGUGGACCUCCUACUACAUCCGCUGGAACCCCCGCCUCAGACCUCAGGAGCCGUUGCAUCAGCGCUAUAAAGAGCUGCUCGCUAAAAGGGCGGAGCUUCAGAAACGAGUGGAGGAUCUUCAGCGUGAAGUAAUCAAUCGUGUAUCUGCAUCUCCUGAGAGGGCAUCUCCCCCCACCUCCACCCCCACCAUACAGACCUUCAUAUGAUCAUCUCUCAUGACUCUCUCUGUCUCUCUCUCUUUUCAGCUUAACACUAACACACACACAGUUAAUGUAGCACGUUAGCCUACUAACAUUUAACCCUCAGCACUACUUAAUUAAAAGCUCUAAGUUUUACUUAUGUCUGUGCAAACCCCUCCCAGUCACAUGACCAAAUCAUAAUGGGCCAAUCAUAAUGCAUGUGAUGUAUAAGUAUUUUUACAUGAUAAACACUGACUAACUAGGUCAUCAAGAGUAAAGUUACACACUACAGAGUCAAUCAGAGGGCACGAAGCAAGUCUUAUUGCAUAUCAAUUAACAUGUGAUUAUCAUACUGCGGGCCAGAGUAGCCUUUUAAUUCUCUGUGAUUAAUACUUUGAUCCAAAGCUGAUGAUAUGAAACUUUGCCUGCUAGUUGGAUUUAUAUUAGUUUCCUGUACACACAUGAAUAGUGCUGUUGUCAUUAAAACUUCUGUGCAGCCUCAAUAAAUUAUUAUAAACAUUUAAA